ACCUCAGUUCAGUCUUGGAUUAUAACUUCUGGAGAGUAGUUACGAGUAAGAAUGUUUAAACUCGAUUUUUUAUAUUUAGUGAUAUUCACAGGGCUUACAUUGGCAUCGUCAUGUCAACUGAACGUUGAAAGCCCAUUGCCUGUGCUUUCAAAGAAAUUCGGUUCCAAAAGAAUUGUGUUCAAACCACUUAAAACCUCAAUAGAACUGAAAUCGGGAGAAUCAGUUAUGGCGUAUUGCAAUAACGGAAUAAUGUAUAAGGUCCAACUACCCAGCAUACCUUCCUACUAUUCGAGAUAUGAGGCACGUCUAAAUAUCCCAAGUGACAGUGAUGAUGUGGAAUUUGAAUCGAAAGCUUUAGAAGCAAACUCGGCAGAGAUCACUUGUGAUUCGCUUAACCAAAUUGGAAUCAAGGGUAAAUUUGACGGCAGUUCCAAGAAUAUUAUUAUUUUCUGCAUACCCCUAUCGAGCCCUGAAAUUUACGAAAGUAAAACAAAAUUGAUAAACUGUGGAAACUAUGAGAGCUAUGCGAUUGGUGUACCCCUCCAGGCUGUUGGAAUAGGAAAUCAAAUCCAAGCCGGCGUUUGCUAUGACCUCAAUAAGUCUUCACUAAAGUUUGUCACGUUUGUAGCACAUCUAACUAGUGACGUCGAAGUCGUUGAUGAGCGCAAAGCCACAAAUGAACUAACCGUAACUCUGGAUGAAAAGAUUGCCAGCUUGGAAAACUAUUAUAAAUUCAUGAGUCAAGAAGCUUUUGAUGCGGCCAGAGAGGCUCCGGAUAGAUGCCAAAUACCACUCAUCAAUGCCUUCAAAUUUGAUUUUGCCAGCUUAUUACAAGACGGUCCAUCGAAUAUCGACCUAAAUGACUACGCCUACUUAUUUAACAUUAUGUGGUGGCGUCAACUACGGCAACAAAACUGGCGUUACUUCCUUGAUGCUCUGCGAGAGCGUACACGAUCCGAUAAGUAUCUCGUUUAUAUGGGCACCUAUGGCAAUGCUAGCCUCCCAUCGGUGCAUCGCAAUUACGGUUCAUUCAAACCCGAUAUUGUGUCCGUUAGCACAGAAAAUUUGACUGUCAAUGCACCAGCGUAUAUUUGGGCCUACUUGAAGCCCUUAACACACGCCGAUGAGGAAGAGGAGUUCGUUGUUAUUGCACAUAAUUCACCAUAUGUAAUGAAUCCAGGACAUACCGAAUUCUGCAGCGUUGAUAUGUGCGACAAAGUUGAGUGGUUGAAAACUAGCACUUUUGGUAAUCUUCGACGCUUGCCAACACUAGGUUAUACCUUCUGUUGCCGUCCGGAGGAGGUGGCAGAGAUAAUUAAAUACUUUCCAAUGGCAGCCGAGAAGAACGAAAGUACUCAGACUACAGAACUUCGUUUAACAACAGAAAAAGAAAUUUGAGAUUCGUACUCACAAAACUUAUUUCUUAAAAUAGUAUAAGUGUCCUUCUUUUGAAAGUCAUAUACAAACUUAAAAUGGGUUCAAAUAUAACCGAGCUAAAAGUUAUUUAGUGCCGGAAGUCAUGCGAAAA